UGAUGUGAUGCUUUUAUUGUUUGCUUAUUUAAUCUGUGAGAUAUUAGAAAUAUGGUAUUUACCAUACAGUCUCCUAAAUACAUAUUUUUGUAGUUUACCAAUAAGUAACUGUGACUUGUUUUAAUUCCUUUGAAAUAUUAUAAUUUAUUUCAUACAAUGAUUUUGUGGAUAUUGUUGUCAUUAAAUAAUCAGUAUGGGUGAUCUAAGGGCCUCCGAUAGUUCGUGGAACAAAAUGGUGAUAGCAAAAUCAAACAAUAAAUGGAUUUCUACUAUAAAAUCUGAACCUGUGGACUCUGUUGUUAAUACAAUGAAUACUACAAAUUUGUCCGUUGGUGAAAGUGACUUUGACCUAAAAAAUAUAAAGAAAGAGAAUGAAGCCGUCAAUGAUACUAGCAGUCAAGAAGAACGUGAGGAUGAAUCUUUGUUGCAAGAGAGGGAUCCGCUUAUUAUUGAUAGUCCUUCGAAAAGGAAUAGAAGACAAAGUUCAGGACCUAAAAAUGAAACACCGGAAGAAAGAGCGGCUAGGCUUGCCAAAAUGUCUGCUUAUGCAGCCAGAAGGCUCGCAAACGAAAGUCCCGAUCAACGCGCUCUCCGUUUGAGACGUAUGUCAGAGUAUGCGGCCCGGCGUCUCGCCCAAGAAACUGGCGAACAGAGAGCGCGGCGACUGGCUCGCAUGUCAGCAUAUGCAGCCAAAAGGCUCGCCAGUGAGAGCCCCGAACAAAGACAAGCGAGAUUAGCCAGAAUGUCUGCAUAUGCUGCGAGAAGACUAGUUAUGAAAAAAAUUAGCGCUAAAUCUAGUAGUAAUCCCGAAGCUACAAAUGUUGGUUACAAUGCAAUGAGUAAUAUGCCUAACCAAAGUUGAGAUUUUAUCACAGUCGGUUUGAAGUAAUCGCUAAAGAAACCUACCUAUAAACCUUAAUAUAAUGUUAAGAAAAUGCUAUUUUUAGAGUAUUCAAUAUAUUGUCAUAUAUAU